AUGGCUGUCAAUGUAUUGUUUCAACCACCUGUGGCUGGUUUUCCAAACGUUACUGCAUGCAUUGAUGGGACCCACAUACGGAUUACUGGGCCUAGCAUUGAUGAACCAGUAUUUGUGAACAGAAAGGGGAUCCACAGCAUCAACGUACAAGCCAUUUGUGACCAUGAAGGUAGAUUCACCAACAUCAGUGCUAGGUGGCCAGGAUCAGCACAUGAUUCUCAUGUUUUCAGAACCUCAGCCAUAGGACAACAUCUUGAGAAUGGAUAUCAAGGAGUUGGACAAGGUGUAUUGUUAGGAGACAGUGGCUAUCCCUGCAGACAGUUUUUGCUGACACCAUACAGACAACCAGCUGCUGGUAGAGGUCAAACAAGGAAGAAGCGCUUUCACAUUCUAGGAUCAGAGAUCCGAAUGAAACCAGAUAAAGCUUGCCGUAUCAUCAUUGCUUGUGGUGUUCUUCACAAUAUUGCCAUCAUGAGGAAUGAACCUGACGUUGCAGAAGAACAAUUAAUUGACAAUCAACCUCAGAUGCCAUUUUGCUACCACUUUUUUUGCCUAAUAAAUUGCAAGUUUUUAUUUUUAAAUUGUAUUCCAGAUCCGAAUGAAACCAGAUAA